UUCAGUUGAAAUCGUUCUCCGACCGUCGCGAUGGCCGCACGAUACAUUUUCGUUCCGAUUUUAAUCUCGCUUGCAUUUUCUUGUGUGAAUUGUGUGCAAACAGUCAAUGGACGGGUCAAAAUCUUCGUCGGUCUCACAGCGGGGUGUUCUGACGCACGAAACUUCAUCCCAAAUCAGUUAGUCCCGACAUAUGCGCAGUACGGACAAUUUUUGGACCUGGAAUUUGUCCCAUGGGCAAGGACUCGAAGACUCGAAGACGGGAGUUUAUCGUGCCAGUUUGGCGUUCCAGAUUGCUGGGCGAACCGACUUCUUAGAUGCACGCUGGAUCAUUUGAAGGCCAACAACACAGCUCAAUUGGAGUACAUGGCAUGCGAGUACCGAGCUCCUUUCCCCGCAUUCUCAGGGAGUUUCCAAUGUGCGACCAACGCUGGCUAUGGACUCACACAGGCAGAUUUUUGUGUGAACAACCCUCAACUCGAUACCUUGGACGAAGAAGCUGAGGCUAAAGGGACAGGGCCGAUCCAAACCAUAAAUUUCGUGCCGUCAAUCGUUUUCAACGACGACAUAGACGUGGACGCGCAUUGGCAAGGCUUUUCCAGACUUUCGAGUGUUGUGUGUUUCGCGUUAGCCGAUGACCCUACCACUGGUGUAUUGGGAUGUCAAAUUUAAAAAGUCGGACGGCAUUUGGCUGAAACGACGACGACGACGACUUAUCUAUGUUACUAAUUUAACCAAAAAACUGUUAAAAUGGUAAUCCCGUUGUAAUGUUGUUUCUAUAGUACUCAAUUGUGAUUGUAAAAACAAAAAUUAUUCUUUUAUAGCAUCUAUGGCGUAUUGUGAUUAAUUGUUGUAAAAAAAUUUUCUCUAUAAAUUAAACGGAAUAAGACAAUAUUUUGCAAACAAGGCCUUUUUUCCCGACUGCGCCAGAAGGAGGUUUGUUUUUAUCCUGAAUAGUUUAGACAAGCUUUAUUUCAGUAACUCGAACUUGUUAAACUCGUUAAAUAAAUGUCAACAAAUGUUUUCAUAAA